AUGUUUAUCAACAGAAAACUCUUCAACUUUUACAAAAACAACACCUUCGCCUUUUGUCUGGGGAGCACAUGGUUCGUCCUCAUAAACAGCGGCCUGGUGUUUACCGGAAAGUACUUUAACAACUUCGACAAUCGUCAUUCGUACAUCGACGAUGCAGUUAGCGUCCUAAGGGUGUACCUUAAUUACGCGGAUAGUGCUAGCGUAAAAAUUUUAAAAAAAAAGGGGAACAUAGAUUCAUCGAACGGAAGGGCAAAGUGUGAACUCCUCUUAUCCCACAACGGGGAGCACAUUUACCUACAUGUGAACGCUGUAAAAAAAGACACUGGAAAAAAAGGAUACGACAAUUCAGAUGAACUGGACGAUGAAGAAGGGAAAGAUAUUUCAGACUAUAUAGAAAAUCCCUACUUAAUAAAAAAAGAAAUAAAGCUCCUUCUACAGAGGCUACGCUUGUUUGUUUCAUCCUUUAUCUCAAGCAGGGGUGACCAAGAUGGAGGGCAAUCUGCCCAACAUAAUCAAGCGGCUGAAACAGGAGCAGACAACACACUACAGCGUCAUAAGGAAGUACCAAACAAACAUAUGGAUAUGUUAAACAUCAUUGGAAAGGGAAACAAAUGGAAGAUCAACAAUAUAAUGAUGGUUAAAAGAAAAAGGUUAACAGAUGACGAGCACAAAAAUGCGGGAAAAAAAUCUCUACUAAAUCGUGUAAACCUUUUGGUAAAUAAUUUUUUCCAUUACAAGUAUGAAAUACAUGGCGUGCAUGGCCAUCCUGCACACAAUUCGUACUUUUAUAAAUAUGACCAGAAAAAGAAAACCUUUAGCCAAAAGCAAAAGAAUUUGGGGAAAUUCCUCUUUUGCGCAUUCGUCCUUUCUACAGUUUUGGGUAUUAAAAGAAUUUACAUUUAUACAAAUUCCUAUUUUGGUUUAAAUUUUGUUAAAAAGUUUGUGCUGGGCAAUGACGAACUGUAUAAGAUUAUGGGGAAUAGUCCAAUUCAAAUUUUGAGCAUAUCUGGUGUGCAUGAGAAAAAUUACCUGAACAGCAAGGUGUUUAUUCAGGCCAUGGACAAACAGGGCGUGGUUCAAAUGACGGCCACGAAGGGAAAAACGGACAAGGGAUUUCUGAUUCUGCACGCGAAGCUUCUGCUAGGCAGUCAGACGAUCGAGCUGCGGAAGGGGAACUCCCACGGUGGAAAUGUCCAUUAG